AGUAUGCCUAAAAAAUGCGUAGAUGCGUGUUUGCGAAAUAACGUGCCUAUUUAGAAAAUGCACAAAAUUGGUGCAUGUAGUGGUUGUUCGUUAGAAGCAUGCUUCACAAGUCCAAAUUAAUACUUCCGACCAUCGCGGUACUACACUAUUAGGGCGAUCUGAGGAAGUAGGCGACGACUUCUUGCUGUAGCGUUUUUGCUGCGUCGGAGGCAGUCCGUUUUAAUUAAUCCAACUUGCACAGAAAGCAGAGAAUGGCCGAGACUUCGACGAGCACUUUAGUUGAUCACAACCUUGCAGAAUCGAAGCGUAUGGCUGCAGAAGACGAAGAUGCGCUUCAAAAGCAGAAAGGUAUGCCACUGUCCAGAAAGCUAUGUUAUGCUGUGGGAGGUGCACCCUAUCAGAUGACAUCCACUACCAAGGGCUUCUUCAUGCAGAUUUUCCUGCUGGAUGUUGUACAGAUGGAUGCUUUCUACGUCUCUCUCAUUCUUUUUAUGGGCCGGGCCUGGGAUGCAAUUACUGACCCACUAGUUGGAUACCUUAUUAGCAAAAGUGGCAGGACGCGCAUAGGGAAGCUUAUCCCCUGGUUGGUGUUUUCCACACCAUUUGGGGUCCUUUCCUACAUCAUGAUGUGGUUCACACCCCAGGACACAAUGUCCCCGGUCUUCAGCUUCUCAUGGUACUUCAUCAUGUGCUGCCUCUUUGACACCUUCAUGAGUUGCUACCAUGUUCCCUACUCCUCCCUCAACAUGUUCCUGGGGGGAAACCAAAAGGACAGAGACUCAGCCACAGGCUUCAGGAUGGGUAUGGAGAUGUUCGGAACACUGGCCGGGGCAGUGAUUCAGGGUCAGAUCGUUGGGGUUUACCAUGCCAAAAAAGCCCUGGCCUGUAGCCAGCUGAAUCAAACGGAGGGCAUCUCCCAGAACCAUUCCUCACCCCUCCUGGAUACGCUGCACAACACGAGGAGAGCCUAUUUGAUUGCUGCAGUUAUCCUGGGGGCACUGUACUUCCUGUGUUGCCUUGUGCUGUUCCUGGGGGUGAAAGAGCAGUUGGCCCCCCUGAGUACCCUUGACCGUAUCCGCAUGCCCUACCUGUCUGGAGUACGGAUGGUAAUAAAACACUCUCCCUACGUGCGACUGGUUUUCGGGUUUCUCUUCUGCUCGCUGGCCUUUCAGAUGGCCCAGGGUAACUUUGCACUGUUCUGUACCCAUGCUGCUGGAUUGGGAGCCUACUUUCAGCACCUUGUAAUUAUAUUGCUGACGUCAGCGACACUUUCUGUUGUGAUGUGGCAGACUCUUCUGGUGAGGCUGGGGAAGAAGACCACGCUCUUUAUUGGGCUGCUGAUUUAUGGCCCAACCCUGGUGAUUAUUGCCUCUGUGCAGAGCAAUCUGCCCGUCUUCAUCGUAAUGUCCAUCCUGGCUGGUGCCAGCCUGGCAUCACUUUACCUGCUGCCCUGGUCAAUGCUGCCAGAUGUGGUCGAUGACUUCAAGGUAAAGAAUCCCACCAGCAAAGACCUGGAACCUAUAUUCUACUCCUGCUACGUCUUUUUCAACAAAUUUGGAGGGGGAGUAUCCAUUGGGAUUUCCACCAUGGCACUGUCCUUUGCCGGGUACGAGCCAGGUGCAUGCAGGCACAAUGCCGCAGUGAUCACUACGCUGAGGGUCCUGUUCGCUCCGGUACCCAUUACCCUGCUUCUGGUGGGCAUGGUGCUCUUCUACUUCUAUCCCAUCAACGAGGCAAGGCGCCUGCAGAUCCAGGAGGAACUGAGGAAAGCCACUGCUGGAGAAGACGCCCUCUCUGUUAGAGACAUGCCUUUGUAGACCUACUCCAGGCACAACUGUACAACUCAAGCCCACCGAUACAGUUUACAGCCCAUUUGUCUCUGUUUUCAACUGUCCAUCUGACUGCGAAAAACCUAGAGUUCAAGGAACUUUUAUUUUUAAUCAUUUAAUUAACCUGGUUAUAUAUUUUAUUUUUUACUUAAGAGUGUAUGUCAUUUUUUUUUGUUGAGCAUGUAUAAAUUCCACAUUUUGCAAUGCAUAGUAUUCUACUUUUGAACAUUUAUAUUGUUUGGGUUGCCUUCAUUCUAGUUAUUAAUAUAAACUGGGACACUUAAGUGGAAUGUGUACCUUUUUAGCACAGCAAUUAAAGCCCUUCAGAAUUGUGUGAUAGUUUUAACAUUGCAUGUGGCAAGGUAUGGAUAAAAUAGCAUGUUUUUGAAAAAUAAUCACUUUGUAAAAGCUUUUUUCCCCCCUUUCUCUAAGAAACUAUUAGUGUAAAAAAUGGGGGGAAAUUCCCAAUUUUUAGCAUACAAUAUAGCUCAUUAAUCAUUUUAUUGUUUGUUUUUUUAUAACCUUUGGUAAACAUGCGUGGAUUUACUAAGGGUGAAUAAUUUUGGGUGGUAGUGUAGUUUUGCUAAACAAAUACAAUAAGUUUUAUUUGACUAAUAGAAGGCAUUUUCAAAUGUGCUGCUGAAUUUUGCGAGAAUAAAAAUGUAUAUUUCUACUUAGAAAGCAAUACAAUUAUAUUUAGAAACAAAAAUAAAACAAUAACCACACCAGGAGCAUCUUUUUAUAUUCCUGAGAACUAUUUUUAUGAAUCAAGUGUUUCCAUUUCCAUGAUAUUUAUGUGGCAAUUAUGUGGCACUGUAUUGUAGACAUCCUUGUGGGUGAGUUUGAGUGGUUGAAAAUGAUUUGGCUUAUUCAUCUUAAGUUGUAUUUCACAAAGUAUCAAUAGUAAAUAUGAUUUUAGAAUAUUUAACUGUUCCAGAAAUGUGUUGACAGCACCAUCUAGUGGCUCUAUGCUAUUUUAUUUGGCACCAGUUAUUAUCAGUGAUACUGUUCCAUGCCACCUACUCUUUUAUGUCAGCCCCACAUUUUCAAAACUACUGAGCAGUUUUAUUAGAUUACAUUCAUUUAGCAGAUGCUCUUAUCCAGAGCAACCUACAAUGAAAGAAAACGUAAGUCAAUCCAGUUGAGUUUUACGAACAACCCUAGGCAUGGCUAACAACAUUCUGAGACCAGAUAGCACAUGAGCAAAAUUACUAGUGAAUGUAAGUUAACUUUUGCAAGCAUACUCAUGUAAAAAUAUAAAAUUAAAAAACGUACAUCAUGCUUCAACAAUUCUAAAUUAAUUGCAUAAGAAUACAGUGCUAGGCAGUGGGAAUAGGAGGGAAGCCAAGAUGAAGUCUGAAGAUGCUGGUCUUCAGUCUGUGUUGGAAAAUGUCCCGUGAUUCUGCUGUCCUGACCUCCACCAUUGUAGGGCCAGUACAGUAAUGCAAUGCAUUGAACAAAUAAAUGUCUUAGGUUAAAAUGUUAAGCGUGAGGCAACAGUGACUUUAAAAAAGAGGUAAAAUUGUUUAAGCACUGCUUAGCCUAUGCACAAAUUUCAAGCAAUGUUGUUAAAUGAGGGAAAUGGUUUCAUUUUGGUGACACGAAAGUUAUGGCAUAAGUUCCAGCACUAUUUAUCUAUAGCCUCCAUAGAGAGCUUUCAGUAUCUAGUCUUGAUUCUGGGCUUUUGAUUGCCUUUGGUGAUUCUCAUUGGCAUUGUAAACAUGAGUUCCAGAGUUAUGUCAAUGAAAGUCAAGGAAGGCAUUAUGAGGUUGAGAAAUAAGAAAAAGUCGGAGACACAGACCAAACCUUAGGCUUACCAAAAUCAACAGUUUUGAACAUCAUUAAGAAAGAAAGCACUGGUGAGCUCAGUAAUCACAGAGGGCCUGGUAGGCCAAGGAAGACUUCUACAGUUGAUGACCGAAGAAUUGUCACCAUGCAGAAAAACACUCGAACACAUGUCCGACAGAUCUGACUGAAACACUAUUUAGGAGGCAGGUGUGGAUGUGUCAGUGAUUACUGGGGAGGGGGGUCUAUGUAUCAAAAAUGCUAUCAUUUCUACAUGGUGAAACCAAAAUGUAUACUGUUUAAUGUAUAACCUUGUUUACCAAAAUGUACACCCUUUAAUAAAAGCUGAGAAAUUGCGCUUUAA